AUAUAAAAAUAUUCCCCUAACACUCGUCUCCUCUCCGACCACACGCCUCCUCUCCUCUCCCUUCGCUUCGCUUUCCACCCUCCGCCGAUUCCGGCCAUCUCCUCCUCCUCCUCCUCCUCGCCGCCGGCGACUUCUCCCCCACGCCCCCUCUCCCACUUCCUCUCCAAUUUACCGGCUGCCCCUACUCCACCGCAACCAUACGCUAUCGGUCGUCGACCACGGGCUCCAGCUGCGACGGGGAAGGCGCUCCUCGAUCCGGCGGCAGCAGCGGCGUGGGCGCUCGAUCCGGCGUCAGCAGCCAUCGCCGCCCUCUUCCACGAUGCGCCCCCUCCUCGUCGCGCGACCGUCACAAGGUCCUUUGCCUGAGUCAAUAGGGAAGAAAAUUUGAGUUGGCUGGAAUUACGUUGGAAUGUUGUUAGUGUUGUUGGCCAAAAGUAGAUCCCUUUUGGUAGUUCAGGAGGAGGAGGAGGAGAUCUCAGUUUUCAGAGUAGAUGUCGUUUCGCAGCAUCGUGCGCGAUGUAAGGGAUGGCUUUGGGAGCCUAUCAAGGAGGGGAUUUGAGGUCGCCAUUCUCGGCCAUCGCAGGGGGAAAUCUCAUGGUGCUGUCCAUGAGUCGCAUGACCCGGUUCCUGUAAUCCAGAGCACCUGCUGGGCUAGCUUGCCUCCGGAAUUGCUUCGAGAUAUCAUCGAGAGGCUGGAAGCAAGUGAGGCUACAUGGCCUUCUAGGAAGCAUGUGGUUGCUUGUGCGGGUGUCUGCAGAACAUGGAGGGAGAUGUGUAAGGAGAUUGUCAAGAAUAUAGAGUUCUGUGGGAAGAUCACCUUUCCUAUUUCCCUUAAACAGCCUGGACCUCGAGAUGGAACUAUCCAGUGUUUCAUUAGGAGGGAUAAGUCUACCCAAACCUACUACUUGUACCUCUCUCUUGGCUCAGCUGUGCUUGUCGACAAUGGCAAAUUCCUUCUGUCAGCAAAAAGAAACUGCCGUGCGACAUGUACAGAAUAUGUGAUAUCUAUGAACGCUAACAAUAUAUCUAGGUCUACCAACACGUACAUUGGAAAACUGAGGUCAAACUUCCUUGGCACAAAGUUUGUAAUAUAUGAUACCCACCCUCCGUACAACGCAACCAGUGUUUCACAGCCAGGGAAAACAAGCCGAAGGUUCUAUUCCAACAAGGGAACAGCGAAGCUUCCCUGCAGCACAUAUAACAUAGCAAACAUCUCAUAUGAGCUGAACGUCUUUGGAACUCGGGGUCCUAGGCGGAUGCGCUGUUUAAUGCACUCUAUCCCUUCCUCAUCUCUUGAUGCUGGUGGGAGUGUUCCUUGCCAGCCAGAUGGUGUCCUUGCCCAUUCCCUCAAUGAGUCCUCCUUUAGAAGUGUCUCCUUUUUGAAGUCGUCCAUUAUGGACCAUUCCAUGCAUUUCAGCAGUGCCCGGUUCUCUGACUUCUCAGUUGGAGAUGGCCCAAGGAUUGGAGGCAGGGAAUUGUGCAAUGAUGAGGAGUGCAAGGAGACACCUUUGAUCCUCCAUAAUAAGGCUCCAAGAUGGCAUGAGCAACUACAGUGCUGGUGCCUAAACUUCCGGGGCCGAGUAACUGUUGCUUCUGUCAAGAACUUCCAGCUCAUCGCUGCCACACAGCCUGCUGCAGGAGCCCCAACUCCAUCACAGCCUGUUCCACCACCCCCACCAGAGCAUGAUAAGGUCAUACUGCAAUUUGGGAAGGUUGCCAAGGACAUGUUUACCAUGGAUUACCGCUACCCGCUUUCAGCAUUCCAGGCAUUCGCCAUCUCCCUGAGUAGUUUCGACACCAAGUUGGCCUGUGAAUAGUUGUCAGGCCACAAGCAUCGUGUAUGCUUGGUUGAUGCCCUGAUGGUCUGACAUGCUCCUGAAUGAAGCUGACCAUCCCAAGUUUAGAUUGGGAUACCGUUAUGUUGUUGUAUGUUGCUGAAUGCUGAUGUUGUUUUAACUCACAAACACCUGAAACAAAAGGUUAUUUUGGCAUUUAGCAUAGGGUCUAUUUGGUUUGGAGAAAUUUCAUAGGAAUUUCAAGGAAUUGAACCGUUUCCUAUGAAAAUCCUGUAAAAUUCCUGCAUUCCGUAGGCUUUAUUUAUUCUGAUUUUGCUUUGUAAUUGAAUGUUAUCUCCAUUUCUUUUGCCUCAUAGCUCUCUGAGACGUGUAUUUGUAUGUGCAUCGGAUAAUUUUAGCAAAAUUCAUUGACUCAGUGAUAUAUUAACUGUGAGUGUUAA